AACUCCACAACGCGUGCCGGUAACUGUUCUUGACCACCACCACGACGCGUGCGAAGCCGUACCUUUCCCGCCCCUAUGCAGUCGAGCGGCAACACGGUGAAGAUAUACAAUGCCGUCUACUCAUCCGUGCAGGUGUACGAAUGUAUGAUCAGGAAUAUCGCGGUGAUGCGCCGACGCGCCGAUUCAUACGUGAACGCGACGCAAAUUCUCAAGGUGGCGGGUGUGGACAAGGGAAGACGCACAAAGAUCCUCGAGAAGGAGAUUCUACCUGGGAAACACGAGAUCGUGCAGGGAGGCUAUGGGAAGUACCAGGGAACCUGGAUUCCUCUGGAGCGUGGCCGGGAUAUCGCGUUACAAUACGGUGUGGGUCCGUUGCUGGCCCCUCUGUUCGACUUUAUACCUAGCACAAGCUCGCUGGGACCACUUCCUCUCACCGCGCCCAUCGGGGCGAACUCUCCCCGGCCCUUGUCUGCCGCCUCAUCCUAUGGCACACUUCCGGGCUCGCAGGGAAGCUACUCCGGACAGAUACCUUCCAGUCUCGCGCCACCGCCCAUUAUGCCCGGCUCUGCCCUUCGUCUCCUCAACCAGGGACGCGCGCAGGGCCUUUUCACGCCUUCAACGACAGGGCAGCGUCACGGCUCGGGAUUUGUAUCGCCUUCGUAUGGCUCGUCAGCGUUCUCCCCAACUGCCGCCCACACUCCUCCGCCGACCGCUCCUAACUCGUUGAAGCGGAAUCGGUCGGAAGCAGAUGUGGAUGUUGCCAUGAGCGCUCCAGAAUACGGCAGCAGUGUUGAAGGUCGACCAGCUUCUGUGGGGCCGCAAGCCAAUGCAGAUGGGGGGCCUUCAGCCACGAAACGCGCGAGGACAGAUUCAGCACCUCCAGCACCGGCGCCAACAAACACUCCACCAACUCCUGUUGCCACUGCUACUGCCACUGCCACUGCCACUACUUACCAAACCCCGGAUGCUCCUCCUGCGAACAUCACUUACGAAACGCGCUUCGCGAGCAAACCUUCUAUUCCUCGAAACAUCGACCCGACAGCGCCGAUUCGGGACCAACGCCGACAAUCUGCCAUCAGUGCAAUAUGCAAUACAGAUGACCCUCAUGCCGUUCUCGAUCUCCUGCGGGAGUUGACACCCGAGGCCGUCCGCCCUGCACAUCGCGGCUGGCCUCGCGCAUCUGCGGACAGUGGCGUCGUUAUCGUGCAGGGCGCAGACAUCCACCGUGGGAACCAUCUGGGCGAGACGCCGUUGAUGCGAGCAUGCCUUGGGACCCAUGCCUGUGACAAUUGCACCUUCGACACGCUCAUUACCACACUGGGGUCGUCUGUGCGCACUCUCGAUACUUCACGCAAAUCUGUGCUCCAUCACGUAGCCUCUGUGGCCGGCGUCAAAGGCCGCGCAGCCAUCGCUCGAUAUUAUCUGGACAAGAUCUUCUAUUACAUUGCACAGAACCAGGGCGGACAGUUCAAGACGUUUGUUGACUUGCAAGAUGAACAUGGCGACACGGCAUUGAAUAUCGCGGCUCGGGUGGGUAACAGGAGUAUGGUCCGGACUCUGCUGGAUGUCGGCGCGAACCGGAUGCUCCCCAACAAGCUCGGGCUACGACCCGGAGACUUUGGGGUCGAAACCGAGGAACUGAGCACGGCUCCAGCGGACAUCCUGACAUCGUUACGGUCCGGUCCUCCACCUCCCGUACAGAAAAGCCAAGAUGUGAUAGCAGAUAUGACCUCGAUGAUUCAAGGCUUGAGUAACGAGUUCCAGCACGAAAUCAAGUCCAAACAGGACGCGCUCGAUGUCACGCAAGCUCAUCUCCGGGCCGCGACGCGCGAACUAUCAGAGCAGCGCAAACAGAUUCAAACGUGGCAGACCCGCUGCGGCGAGCUAGACCAGGUGCAUCAGCGGAUACGAAAUCUCGAGAAAGCGUUGGUGGACGAGGACCAAUUCGAUUGGACUGGGCGCAGCAACGGCAGCGGGGAUCCUGAUGCGGAAGGCGAGGUCGAGGACGAGACCGAAGAUGUGAAUGCUGGAGACGAGAACAAUGGCGGCCCUGCAUUCCAGUGGCGGGGCCCCAACUCGACGAUGAUCGGAGUGGAUGGUGCCAUCGACCUACCACAGGAUGUCGAUCCCGAGCCGCCGAUUCCGACUGUAGACGACAUCCCGAGCCUCAUUCGUCUGCGGCGGCUCAAGAUGUGGCAUGCGCGGAUGGAAGAUCUGAUCAAGUCGCGGCUCAAAGGCUUGCAUGGAGUGAGCUCGGAGAAGGAGUACCAGUGCAAGAAGAUCAUCUCGCUGUGUGCUGCGAUCCCCAUUGACAAAGUCGAAGAAAUGCUCGAGAACCUGGUGAUCGCUGUGGAAAGCGAUCCGCAGAUGCUGGACAUCGGUCGAGUGUCUGGUUUCAUGCAAAAGGUGCGCGAUCUUUGAGUCGUUGGCCGCACGGACCCAUGAGAGUGCUCCAGGUUCGUGACGGGAUUGUGUAGCGUUGGCCAUGUCUUCCUCUCCGUGUAUGAUUGAAUUCUAUUUUGCCCGCCCGCCCUCACGCGUCGUGCGUAUAUCACGCGAUUACAUCAUCACAGAGGUGCCCGAGAGAUCUAUUUACAUAAACCGAA